CAGUUAAUUGUAGGACAAGUAAUUAGACCUUAACAGACAAAAUGUGAACCGAAAUUUGACGUUUAACGUGAAGAUUAGCCACUGGCAUGUAUGGUUGAUUUUCAAGCAAAAUGGCAAAUCUUAAAACUCCGCGAAGUGCAGGAAUGAAGUUCCAAUUCACAAAACAAAAGAAGCCAUUUGCCUCGGAAAAGCGAGAAGAUGAUACCUAUCCAAUGACAAAUUUCCCUGUAACACAGGAGGAAAUCAAAGACCGUUAUGAAGGUGUCAUGGGUCCUCUUAGUAUAUUUGCGCCUUAUCCACAUGAAGAUGAGCCCCCUCCAGAAACAAUACAAAUGGAAAGACCAGUUACACCCAUUGAUGAGGAAAUCAAAGCCCCACCAUCUGAUUUCAAUGUUUUAAGAAAAUACAUUCGUAGGAGGGUGGCUGCUAAGCCAGAGGUCCAGCAUCUGACCAUAGAAGAACAACAAAGUUUGGCUGGUGUUCUGGUUGGUGAGGUAAAUGGAAUAUGGAGAGACAUCAGGAGACAAGUAGAUGAUCCAUUUCUGACACCAGAGCAAAACAAAGAGUUACAGAGAAGAAUCACUGUUCAUAUUGUGACUGUCUGUGAAAAAUUGUUCAAGCAUUUUUUAGAAAAAGCACAAAUUUUGAACAAAAGGGGUGUCUUCAGUGGUCCUGCAAACAUGAGUAGACUCAAAGCACAGCUUGCUUUGGAUGCUGACAAAUAUUUGAAUAUCCUCACUAUAAGAAGAUACAUAGUUGGAGAUCUAAGAAGACAAGCAGAAGAUAUAGAGGAUGAAUCUGAGGAGUACAUCUAUCCCAGUAAAAAGGAGUCCAUGGUAGAAGAAGCUGUCCCAGAAAUAUCAUUCAAAGGACUGUUGCCUCCAGGAAUGAUUGAGAGUAGUCGACCCAAAAGUAAAAUUCAGAAGCAUAGAUUCACAACAGUUGGUGAAGAUUUGGAAGAGAUUCAGUCCAGAAUGCCCAUCCUUGAUACUUCCAAGCUGUUUUCAAUUCUCGCUGACAUUCCUGAGAGGAGUAUGGCAACCCCAGUAUCAGAUGACAUGACUAGAUCUGCCAAGAAAACAACUGCUGUACAAAAAGAAAAUCCAGAUGCUGCUAGUAUACAAAAGGUGCUUUUAAAGAGAUCACAUUCCCUUCAGCGGCUCCCAGGAAUGGGAGAGACAUUACUGGAGGAGCUUGGGAUAAAUUUAGAUGAAACUAGAAGUACUGUGACAGAUAAAGCUGAGGCAGCCCUAGAAAUGAGAUCCAUUUCUGGAAAAUCUAUUAUUUCAGAAAAGAAGGAGACAACACGCCCUUGCACGCGGCAGUUUCUUCGAAAUGAUCUUGAGAAACUGGUUCAAAGGCAAACAGCACAGGAACCUGAGGAUGCUGAUGCCUUGCCUCCAUUACUACAGGCUCUCUUAAGGCCUGCAAAACAUGAUGGCAAGAAAGCUAUUUUAGAUAGGCAAUUGAAGCAAUUGGAAGAAAAACAACAAAUUGAAAAGGAAAAAGACAAUGUUCCUUUACAAGAGCCCACACAUCCACAGCCAGCUACAGUUUCAUCUAAAUUGCCCAAUAAAAUGGUUGUGCGGACAUCAGAUGUCAGAGUGUCUGAGAGAGUUUGCAUGACCUCCAUUACCCUCCAGAAACAUAAUCCUGUCUACAAUGACCUGACUGAUGAGAUUGAUCAGGCAACUGUGAAAAACUUGGACAAAAACUUAUUCCUUGGUGAAGAGAUCAAGGAAGUAUAUCGUGAAAUAAUGAAGACAGUGCCGUCCACUCACUUAGAUGUUGAACAGGAUGAAUUAGUGGUGCCCUCUGCUGACUCAGUUAACCUUUCCUCAGUGCUAGCAUCUAGUACUUUAUCUAAGAAGAAAAAUGAGAGGAUCAUAAACUCUGAGUUAAGAAGCAGACAAGAACCUCCAUGGGGAGAACUGGAUGUUAGGGAAUGGGCUAAAACUCAAAGGCCAACAACACCACCUACAGAUACCAAAGGAAACACUUACUUUGAUCCAACAGUUCCCAGUAAGGCCAAUCUUGCUGGUCCCCCCAGACCUGGGGCCCACUUAUUUGAGGGUCUUGGUAUGGAUCUAGGGGGUUUAGGAGAUGACUCCUACAGGGCACCUGUCCAGGACAUGCCUGCUGCUGUGAUGGAGAGAAUGUCCAGGUCCUAUGCCUCCUGGCUACAGUGGUGGAAAAGUACCAUUAAUACUGAUGAUUACAUGAAGUACUUGUCAACUCAGGAAUCUGAUUACAUGGGAGUCAUUUGUCAUUUUUACAACUCUGAUGAUGAAGGUGAUGAAGAUGAGACUGCUAGGCUUAAGUCUAAAGAAGCUAAGGAAGCAGCAAAAAGAGCAAGAGAGGAAAAGAUAAAAGAGAUGAGAGUACAAAAGACAGAAUUUCAACCAGGAAUGUGGAAUGUAAACACCAUAAUGUUAGGAGGACUUGGGCGGGAUCCUGAGUUGGAAGAGGAAGAAAAAGAAAAGGAGAAGCCUGCAGAAGAAACAGUAGAGAAACCCAAGAAAUCAAUCUCCUUGAUUUCAAAGAAAUCUAAAGAAGUUUCCCAAGACUCAUUAGAUCAGCCCCCCAGAGAUAAAUCUAGACUGAGUGACAGAGGAGCGUCCAGAUUAGCAACACAAUCAAGAGGAGGAGAAACUGUGAAAAGUAGUGUAACUGGAAUGAAGACUCCAGCCUCUGGUGUCCCUCCCUCCACAGUGGGCACCCCCCAGGACCGCCUGGAGCGUGUGUGGUCUGCACUGAAAAUGCCAGACAACAAGAAGCUGGACAUGGCUAUCAAGUACAGUUCAGAGGAAUACAUAGGAUUACUUGAAGAGUCAAUUGAAGCCUGGGAAAAGUCAACAGACCUUAUCUUGUUAAGAGAAGGAUUUAUAGCAAAAUUGGAAAAGUUUGAGAGGUUAGCCUCAGACCCAAACAGGUUCUUUGAAAAAGGUUACAGAGGUUCUUCAGUGGCUAGAUUAGGUGAGGCAAAACAAAGGAGCUAUCUUUAUAAGAAAAUUGAAGAACUGGAUUCUUUAGUGAAGAAGGCAGUGUUGAAUGUUAGAGACAAGUACCAGGAUGUCAUAACAUAUGCGGGCCGUCCAUAUCUAGAAAAGCUGAAAUGGGACAGAAUAGAGAUGUUGUACUGGUUACAGGAGGAGAGGAGACAGCAGGCACUGGAACAAGAACAGAUGUACAGAGAUGCAGUCGGCCUAAGGAUGACACAGCUAGAGCCAAUAUUGCCACAGCAGACGUGACGCACACACAUGCUGUAUUGA